ACCAUUGAUCUUUGGGCAUGAUAAAUAAGGAAUACGGAUAGGAAUACAGUUUGCGAUGUCAUUCGACAUGAUUUUAAGUUUUGGAUUUGCCAAGUCAAAGUUUAGACGUUUAUCUGUUGUAAUGUAUUCAAAACAUAUAUGUGUAACGUUAUUAUAUAUUUCUUUGUUAUUAAAUGUUCUUGUUCAAAGCUGCAAUAACACCGAAGAUUGUUUAAACGGGGGAGUUUGUUCUGAAGGAACAUGCAAAUGUAAUCCUGGUUGGAUAGGUGAUAAAUGCGAUCAUUGCGGUGGCAGGAUUCGAUUGAAUUCCACGUCAGGAAUUAUUCAUGAAUCUGCAGGUGACUAUUCUACAAAUAGUAAAUGUACUUGGCUAUUAGACAGUGGCAAGCCAGGUUCAACAAUAGAUUUGAAAGUAGAAACUUUUUCAACCGAGUGUAGCUGGGAUUACCUGUAUGUGUAUGAUGGUGACUCAGUUUUUUCACGUCAGUUAGCUGCUUUUAGUGGUCUUAUAAAACAUAAAGAUGUUAAUGUAGAUCAUGAAAUGAGGGCUACGUCAGGCUAUGCAUAUUUACAUUUUUAUAGCGAUGCUGCAUAUACCCUCGACGGAUUUAAUAUAUCUUACAGUGUGAACUCAUGUCCUUCUGAGUGUUCAAAUAGAGGGAGCUGUACCUCCGACCUGCAGUGUAACUGUUACCCAGACUGGUAUGGCAAAAGCUGCGGCCUAGACCAGUGUCCAUCCAACUGUAGUAUUAAUGGUAUUUGUAACAAUAAUGGCUGCCAAUGUUCUGCAGGAUACAAAGGCCUUGACUGCAAAACUGAACCAUCUGAAGGAGUGUGGCAAGUUCGAGAGACCUCUUUAGUGGGCAAAGCAUCACAUGCUAUGGUCAUUGACAACCAGUACAUUUGGAACAUUGGUGGAUUCUUCUUUGACAGUGAUCAGUACAUUGCUUUAGUACAAUAUGAUUUAGAGGCAUCAGGCCAGAAUAUUGAAAAACAGAUUUUCACUGAUCCAUCUACAACACCUCUUCAAAGAUAUGGACACUCGGCUGUACUCUACCAGGAUUUUAUAUACAUGUUUGGGGGCGAUGUUGAUGGCAAGACAACCAAUGAACUGUGGGCGUUUGACACAUUUAAUAAAACUUGGGAUGUGAACUUGACUACAACUAAUGCUGUAGCUGUGGAGGGGCACACAGCACAUGUGGUUGAUAAUAGAAUGCUCGUGUUCUUUGGGUUCAACCCAUCCUAUGGAUACACAAACCUUGUGCAGGAGUAUGACUUUACAAAUGAUACGUGGAGGCAGCAUGAAACACAGGGUGCUUACGUGGAAGGAUCCUACGGACAUUCGUCGGUGUAUGACCCUAAACGGCGCAAGGUUUACCUGCAUGGAGGAUUCCAGAGCCAGAUACCCAGUUCUGAUCAAUAUAUUUCAACUGAACUACAUAGUUAUGAUGUUGAUAUGCAAGCUUGGUUUACUCUAAAGGAGAGUAGCCUGCCCAGAUACUUACACUCGGCCGUGCUAAUUGAUGACAUCAUGUUUGUGUUUGGAGGAAACAUGCAUAAUGACACCAGGAGUAGCAAUGGUGCCAAAUGCUACUCCAGUGAAUUUAUGGCCUACGAUUUAGAAUGUGGUGUGUGGAGCAGUAUUCCAGCCACUAGUGCGUUACCUAAGGACAUUGCUCGUUAUGGCCACGCAGCUGCUACUUAUGAACAAAGCAUGGUUGUUACUGGUGGUUUCAAUGGUCAGAUGUUCAGAGAUAUUCUCAUAUAUGAGCUUGGUAACUGUUCUGCAUUGAGUGAGGCAGACUGUAUCCAAGGUAAACCUGGAUUAAAAUGUGCCUAUGACAUACAGCUUGAGGAAUGCAUUCCAGCUAGUCAAGCCUCUAGGGAGUCAGGCAACUAUAGCCUGCUUUUAUGUCCUCAACAUGAAAUGGUUGAAUGCAGUUCGCUCAAAUCUUGCACUGAUUGCCUGGACCGGUUCGGUUGCGGAUGGUGCAAUGGAGAGUGUUCUAGAGAAUGUCCGGCUAACUCGACAUGCCCUGAAGAGGAACUGUGCAGUUUUUACCGUUCGUGCGCUGCUUGUAAUUACCAUGAAGACAGAUGUGUUUGGAACAGAAUAAAAUGCAUCACAAAAGUGAUUGGCUCAAGCCAACCCUCCCAGUGCCCGGCAACUUGUCAAGAUUAUAAUACCUGCGAGAGCUGCGCUGAAAAUGAACCCUGUAUGUGGUGCAAUAACCAGAUGCAGUGCGUGGAGUCGAACACGUACGUGACUUCGUUCCCAUAUGGCUUGUGUAUGGAAUGGCACAAUAUCAAAAGCCAGUGUCCACCUCCAAAUUGUUCCGGUUAUCAAUCCUGUACUGAAUGCCAGUUGAGCCCAGCUUGUGGCUGGUGCGAUGAUGGUUCAGGUACCGGCACCGGUACAUGUAUGGAAGGAGGGUUUACGGGACCUUUGGAUUCAUCUGGCUCCGAAAUGGUCUUGAACAUGUCAAUGUGCCAUACCCACUUAUGGAACUUCAUAGGCUGUCCAUCUUGUCAGUGUAAUGGACAUAGUACAUGUGUGAAUGGAAGUGCAUGUCUUAACUGUACCAAUAAUACGGCAGGUGAACAUUGUGAGGAGUGUGCCAGUGGUUUCUUUGGUAACCCUAGGAAUGGCGGCAGCUGUGCACCGUGUGUGUGCAAUGAGAAUGCUGACGUAUGUGACAUCCAUACAGGUGCUUGCUACUGUACUACCAAAGGAAUCAUUGGUGAUAUGUGCGACGUCUGCGAUACUAAAGCAAAAUACAGAGGAAACCCAUCUGAUGGUGGUACUUGUUACUAUGAACUUGAGAUGAAUUUCCGGUACAACUUUAACUUGUCAAAGCCGGAAGAUAGCUACUACACACGCAUCAAUAUGUUAGUGGAGCCGAAUCGUGACAAACGUGAUAUUGAUUUCAUCCUGAAUGUGCCGUCCCCUGUCACUAUGAACAUCACCUACUCCACAAAUUGUCAAGUGGAAGAGAUUCCGCUAGAGUCUGGAGUAAUUGUCACAACUAAAUACAGCACCAAAUUUACUCAUAAUGAGUUUGAUUUUUCUGAGGAUGCAAACACAACGUUUUAUAUAUACCUGUAUGACUUCACUACUCCUUACUGGUUUGAGGUUACACUGAAAUACCACAACGAUUUAUUGCGUAUCGUACUUGAAAUUGUGCUUAUAUUUGUGAGCAGUUUGAUUCUUAUGCUGUUUGUAAUGACUGCCGGUUGGCGAGUGCGCCAUGUUCUCUACAGGUAUAGACUCCGCCAGGUGACUGUCUAUCAGUUUCUCGAUGUGAACAUUUUUCAGUUCUUCAUCGCGUUCAUCUCUUGCUUUUUCCUCUUUCUACUCAUCUUUGUGGUCACCUUCAAAAUCAAAGAGAAAAUUGAUUCAAUUAAACAGAGAAGGCGACGUGUGGUUGAACUCCGCAUGAUGGCUAGUAGGCCGUGCGCAACCAUCAACCUUGAACUGGAACGCAAUAGGCCACCUGACCUCCUUCCAUCAGGCAAAAAGUCUUAUCCUAACGUGAUAGCGUUUGAACCGUGUAGUGAACAAAAAGCUGCUGUUGCCUCACUAUUUAUGCAGAUCCCACUCCCCGAUAAUUGCGAGGUUCCGUACGGACAAACCCGCAUUGUGCUUGCAAGUGCUCUGGUCCAAAUGAAGCAUAAAAAGAUCGACAUGCGUGACGUUACAGGAGCACGGCAUCGGAAACAACAACAGCGUGUACCAGUAGACGAAGCAUCAAAUUGUGCCCACGAAGUGGUAUAGAGUCAAUUUGCCUUUCUUAAUUAUAAUAAUUUUUCAUAUUUUUUAAAUUUUGUGACACGAUUCUACCUAAGUGAUCAGUUUGGGUGACAAAUAAAAUGCUGAUACAAUUCUAUACUGGUGACAGCACCAACAUUAAAUAAAAUCAGAAUCCCUUAAUCAGAUUUUGUGAAGGCAUCAUCAGAUCUAUUGGGUAGAAUUGGGUGAUUCUGUAUAAUAAUAAUAAUAGGUCACAAUAUAUCAAGAAUCAAACUGAUGGUUGAAAUGAAAACUAGAUUUUCAAUAAUAUUUGAUAAUUUUACUUUUCUCUGUUUCUUAUUGGAAUGCAUGCAAAUUAUUAUUUUUCACUGCUGACAAUACAUUGGAUAUUAUAAAUAUUAAAAUUAUCAAAUAUUAAUUAAUAUGAUUUAAAACUGCUUUAAUUAGCACAUCAUUGUUUAGUGUUAUAGCAUUUGCUUAUCAUUAAUCUGGAGACAUGCAGUAGUUGUAUAUUUCUUUAUUAGCCUACGUUUUAAUGGCUGUACGAUAAAAAGAAUAGAGAUUGCUAAAUACUAAAAGGAAACAUAUUUUUUAUUGCACAAUUAGUAUCGGCUAUGUAUAUCUUUUGUGUGCAUAGCAAUGCUUCCCUUUAAAAGUCUAGGGUAUUUUCGCUAUCAAAAGAAGAAAUUUUAUUUAAAUUUUAUGUGAUAAAAAUUGAAAAUAGACAAUAUCAUAAUCAUGUUUGGAACUGUGUAUACUCAUUGCAUAAUAUCAAGAAGUAGGAUUUUUAGACAUUCUAACAUUUAUGGUAUUUUCUCAAUACUACCAAUUACUACUACUAAUUAGACCAAAAUAUUUGACCAAUCAGGACAGAGCAUUUAUUAUUGUUUUUAGAACCACCCUUUAUUGUGAAGAAAUUGAUUUGAAAAUUCAUGAUUUCUUUUUGGUUCACCAGUAAUUUAUAAAUACCAUAACACUUUAUACAGCCAGUACAAACACUGUUUGUGAGAGUCACAAUCUAAUUUUACUACAGUACACAAGCAAAUUAGUACAUUACAUUUUCUAAUUUAUUGUAUUUUUUCCAAUAAUUUCUUAUUCUUUGUUUGACAACCUUCUAUUCACAAACUGGGCAUACGAUGAUCAGACCUAAAUUGUCAAAAUCAGAUUAUUGUCUAACAGUCCAUGUUUUAGGCAUGUGACAUGAGAUGACAUAACAUGUUACGACAUGUUACAGACUAUACCUGUUUCAGACAUCUGAUCAAAUGUCAUCAGAAAUCAUAUAUGGCCAUGAUGAUGUCAUCAUAUCCAUAUAUGGGUAUGGUGAUGUCAUCAUAUCCAUAUGUGAGGUCUCACCACAAAAUGAGUCUCAUGGUUUAAAAUUCAAAAAUUGAGUUUAUAUUAUA